AUGCUAAAUACUAAUACAAGAUCGCCUUUAAGAUCUCCGUCACCAAGAAAUAUUGAUGAAGAAAAUGAUCAUCAUUAUGCAUUACUGCCUCAACAUACAAUUGAUCCACACAUUGAAAUUGGAGAUAAAUAUACUUUUUUAGAUGAUGAUGAUUUCUCAAAUGAUGAAGAAGAAGAUACACAAGAAUCAGAAGAAACAAGUGAAAAUAAGAAGAGUUCUAUAAUUGAAAGUUUAGAUGAUGAUUUAGAUGAUGAUGAAGAAUUUGAAGAAGUUAAAAAUUUUGAACCUGAAAUAGAAGAAAAGGUUGAACCAUUACGUAAGAAAUUAACAAGAGAAGAUGCUGAAUCAAUAGUUGGUGGAGAAUCUAUCGAAAGUGUUUAUAAGGAAAAUCAAAAGGAACAUAAUGUAGAUCAUCCACAAGCUGAUCCUAAUAAACCAACUGAAGAUCAAGAGAUGAAAGUUGGUGAUAAUUCCUUUUCAGGGUAUAAAAUGAAAAAUUAUAAUCCUUCACAAAAAGUUUUUUCAUUUUCAUUACCGUUUGGUGGAUUAGAAAGUAUAAGGAAUGAUUUAUCAAGAAAAUUACAAAAUUUAAAAAUUGAUGUACCAUUUGUGGGCAAUCAUGAAGAUGAAGAAAUAAGAAAAAAUUUACAAAAAAAUGUUGAAUUAAGAUUAGAAAGACAACAAAGUAUAAGUACAACAGAUGAAGAAAAUUAUUUUAAAAAUUUUAAAGGUACUGAUGCAGGUAGAUUAAGAGCUGUUAAACAUACUAUAACUUCAAAUUUAGGUGAUAUCAUACCACAUAAAAAAAAGGAUUUAAAAGAUUAUGAAUCUAUAUACGAUAGAAUUGAUGGGAAUAUAGUAAUAAUGGGUGGAUAUAGAGGUUCAAUUCUAAGAGAUACAAAGACCAAAAAAAGAAUAUGGAUACCAUUAAAAGCUGGGUUUCAUUUGAAAAAAAUUGAUUUGUUACUUGGACCAAAUAAAGAAGAUGAAUUAAAUGCAGAAGAAAAAUUAUACCCUGAUGGAAUAUUAAAAAAUGUUGGACCAAUAGAUAUAUGUAAAAAAUUAAUUAAAAAACUAGAUUCUAAUCCAAAUGUCAAUAUUAAAGAAUUUGGUUAUGAUUGGAGAUUAGGUGGUGAUUAUGUUUCUUCAAAAUUAGAAAAAUUCUUGAGUGAUAUAUAUGAAGAAACAGGUAAACCUACUUUAGUUAUUGCUCAUUCAAUGGGUGGAUUAAUGGCUCAUGGAACAAUGCAAAAAAAUCCUAAAUUAUUUAGAUCAAUAAUUUAUGUUGGUUCACCAAGUGAAUGUUUAAAUAUUUUAGGACCAAUUAGAUUUGGAGAUUCAGUUAUAUUAUCAGAUAAAAUUUUAACUUUUGAAACUAAUUUUAUGAUGAGAUCAAGUUUUGUAUUUUUACCACUUAAUGGAGAAACAUUUUAUAAUAAAAAUACUAAAGAACAUUACGUAAUAGAUUUUUUCAAUCCUGAUAAUUGGGUUGAAUAUAAUUUAAAUCCUUUAGUUGCUGAAAAAAGGAAAAUUGCAGCUGAAAAUGCAGAAAAACAAAAAAAAUUAUUAUCAACAUCUACUUCAGGUUCAUUAAGUUCAUUAAAUCAUAAUUCAAAUCAUAAUUCAGUAGAUUCUCAAAUUGGGAAAAAAUCAUCAUCACCUUCAUCAUCUUUAUCAUUAGUUUCUAAUUCAACUUUCCCAAGUAUAAAUUCAAUAUCAUCAACAUUUUCUAAAAUUUAUAGAUCUUCAUCAUUAAAAAAAAAUUCUAAAACUUCAAAUAAUCUAUCAUCACCACCAUCUUCUUCACCACCAACUACAUCACCAUUAACUAGCACAAAUUCAAAUCCAAACAACCCUAAUGACCAAGCUGUACCAGAACAAGAACAUUAUUCAUUUUCAUUCGCAGAUUCAUACAGGUACUUAACAGAAACAUUAGAAUCAACUAAAGAAUACGUCUUAUCACUAAACCAUGAUCCACAAAAGGCAGCAGAAUAUCCACCAAUGGCAAUAGUUUAUGGUAAUACCAUCCCAUCAGUACGUGGAUCAGUAGUAACUUCUCGUCAAGAUAUAAAAGAUGGAAAUUAUUAUGAAUUUUUUUAUGGUCAUGGAGAUGGUGUAAUACAUCAAAAAUGGUUAAUGCCUGAAAAAAAAGGUUUUACAUUUUAUGAUAAUUCUACUGGAAAGGGAGAAAUUGUUGGGAAAUUUGCAAGUCCUGCUGCUCAUGUUAAUUUAUUAACUGAUUUUGAUGCUAUUGGGAAAGGAUUAAAUGCUGUUUUUGAAGCUGAAAAAUUUUGGGAGAAGAAAAAAAUGAUUCAAAAAUUGGAGAUGAAGAAGCAUAAAAGUGGUGAGGAUUCGUAG